AUGAGCGCCCUUCUUAGCCAUCCAGCGUGGCAGGUUCUGCUCGACAAAAACACAAACAAGCCGUAUUAUUACAAUCGCUCCGCCAACAUCAACACAUACACAGUGCCCGAUGAUCUUUUGACUCCGGCGCAGAAAGCUACAGGAUGGUCGCAAACCACAGCCGAUGGAGGUAGAGUCUACUUCUUCCGCAAGGACGACAAGACAAAGACAUCCUGGACUCCUCCACCCGGCUGGGAAACUCCUGCCGCUCCUGCCCCAGAGGCUCCGCAAUUCGUGUCAUCUAGCUUCCAGGCCCACCCUCCGGCUCGCGAACAGAGAGCUCCCCGAGAGAGCAGACCUUUCCACGAUCGUCGCGACGAAUCUAACUACCGGGGCCCUAUCGCCGUUGCCGCUACUGGUCCUGAGUAUGGUUCUCGCGAAGAAGCCGAGGCUGCUUUCACCAAACUGCUGAGGAAGUCUGGCGUCCAGCCUGGAUGGUCAUGGGAGCGCGCCAUGCGUGCCACUAUCCAGGAUCCUCAAUACCGCGCAAUCAAGGAACCCAGCGAGAGAAAAGCCGCCUUCGAGAAAUACCUAGACGAUGUUGUGCGCGAAGAUCAAGAGCGCGAGAAGGAGCGUAUCAAGAAGUUGCGCUCAGACUUCCGCUCCAUGUUGCAGACACAUCCCGAGAUCAAGCACUACACACGCUGGAAGACCGCCCGUCCCAUGCUGGAGAAUGAGGCCAUCUUCCGCGCUACCGACAACGAAGACGAGAAGCGCCGCAUGUUCGACGAUUACCUCGUCGAUCUCAAGAAGGCUGCUGAGGACAAGCGCCAGCACGACUACGAUGCAGCCAUGACGGGCGUCGCAGACAUUUUGCAAAAUCUCCAGCUCAAUGCCAAAUCGCAGUGGAUGGAAACACGUGAACAGCUGCAUUCGCAUCCAACAUUCCAGGAAGACCCCAAGUACAAGAUCUUGUCACCUUCUGAGCCCUUGCAGAUAUUCGACCGCUACAUGCGUAGACUAUGGAACGACGCACACAACGAGAAGCAACGUGCGGCUCAGCUCAAGGCUCGCGAGCAGCGCAAGGCCAGAGAAGGUUUCGCUGCUCUGCUGGCCGAACUCAGAGAAGCAGAGACAAUCAAGCCCGGUACUAUGUGGAAAGAGGUUUACCCAUUGAUUGAGAACGAGCCUCGCUACAUCAAGUUGAUGGACAAUCUAGGUCACAAGGACCGUAUCACCGACGGUUCCACUCCUCAGGAUAUCUUCUUCGACUUCCUAGAUGACUUUGACAAGGAGGUUCACGACAUUCGCCCUGCAGUUGAAGCCACUCUCAAGGAAGAGCAUUUCCGUUUCGUCCCUUCGACCACUCUGGAAGAGUUCCUGCAAGCCAUUAGACACGACAGACGCAUUUCGGCGAUGAACCCCCAUCUCUUGGAAGAGGUGUACAAGAGACUGCACAGAAACGCCCUCGACAGGGAAGAAGACAUCGAGCGUGAUGCCAAACGCCAACAGCGCAAGGCAGUCGACGCAUUGCGUUCUCGCAUCAAGCAUCUAGAACCCCCCGUUUUGAUCGGAGACACAUGGGAGCAGGUGCGUCCGCGUGUUGAGCGCAGCGAAGAGUACAAGGCCGUGACCAGUGACGAGGACCGCCAACUCGCCUAUGACAAAUUCAUGAAUAGGCUUAAGGAAGAUGCCGCCGAGCGAGAACGUCUCCGCCGCCAUGAUAGAGAACGCGAAAGAGACCGUGAUAGACGCCGGGACCGCGACCGCCGUCGUAGCCGCUCUCCUCCCUCUCGCGAGGUUGAUGCUUACGAAGCCGAUCGCCGCCGCGCUGCCUCCGAACGUGAGCGCCAGUACCGCCACUCGAGCAUCAGCGGGCUGUCCCCACCACCGCGUGAACGUCCAAGAGCCCGCGACGAUCGCUACGAGAGAGACGUAGGCGACCCGAGAAGAGAAAGACAAGUCAGUCUAUCCAUAUACGAUCGCGAGAGAAGAGAACGCGAAGCCGAACGCGAGAGGUCGUACAUUAGUCGUGCCGACCCACGCACCAAGGCCAGCGAACUCGACUACGGCGACGGCGGAGACAGCCCCAAGCCCGAGAGCACUUCGGGCGGCAACAAUAGCAGCAGCAACAAGAGAUCUGCAGCGGCCAGCAAUGGCGACGGCGAUGCAAAGAGGCAGGCCAAGCGCCCUCGUGUCGGUGAGCACUCUUCCCGCAAUGGUGGUUCUGUUACUCCCGCUCUCUCGGCCGCAGGAAAAGACGACGAACCCGCGCUGCAGUCUGGCAGUGAAGAGGGCGAGAUUGAAGAGGUCUAG